AGGGGGCACCUGCCGGGGUAACAGGCCAGGAUGAAGUAAAUGGAAAGUCCUCAGAGCUCGGCUGCUGACUCCAGCUGUCGAGAAGGGGGAGGAGAAAACCCCGUGGGACAGGGGAGGAGGGUGAGGGCUCCUCUUAGGAAGUUAUUUAAGAGCCAACUUUCUUGUCUUUCCUGAGUCCUUUUGAGGAAGUCCCCGGGGCGUACAGAGCAAGCCCACGCGAGGGCACCUCUGGAGGGGAUCGCCCGCAGAACCUUGUAAAGCCAAGAAUGUCAGAAACCUCCAGGAUCUCCUCCUUUGGAGGCAGGAGAGCAGUUCCACCCAACAACUCCAAUGCAGAGGAGGGUGACCUGCCCACAGAGGAGAUUCACAGCCUGGUGCCCCGGGGCAUCAACAUGGAAGACUUUCUUAAUGUCACGAACGUUCACCUGUUCAAGGAGCGAUGGGACACCAACAAGGUGGAUCACCACACUGACAAGUAUGACAACAACAAGCUGAUUGUCCGCAGAGGGCAGCCUUUCUACAUGCAGAUCGACUUCAAUCGUCCGUAUGACCCCAGCCGGGAUCUCUUCAGGGUGGAAUAUGUCAUUGGCCGCUACCCGCAGGAGAACAAGGGCACCUACAUCCCAGUGCCUGUAGUCUCAGAGUUACAAAGUGGAAAGUGGGGGGCCAAGGUUGUCAUGAGAGAGAACAAUUCUGUGCGGCUGUACGUCCAGUCUUCCCCCGAAUGUAUCGUGGGGAAAUUCCGCAUGUAUGUUGCUGUCUGGACCCCCUAUGGCAUACUUCGAACCCGUCGAAACCCAGAAACAGACACGUACAUUCUCUUCAAUCCUUGGUGUGAAGAUGAUGCUGUGUAUCUGGAUGAUGAGAAAGAAAGAGAAGAAUAUGUCCUGAACGACAUUGGGGUAAUUUUUUAUGGAGAGGUCAAUGACAUCAAGACUAGGAGCUGGAGCUAUGGUCAGUUUGAAGAUAGCAUCCUGGACAUUUGCCUAUACGUGAUGGACAGAGCACAAAUGGACCUCUCUGGAAGGGGAAAUCCCAUCAAAGUCAGCCGUGUGGGGUCUGCAAUGGUGAAUGCCAAAGAUGAUGAAGGUGUCGUCGUUGGAUCCUGGGACAAUGUCUAUGCCUAUGGCGUCCCCCCAUCAGCCUGGACUGGAAGUGUUGACAUUCUAUUGGAAUACCGGAGCUCUGAGAAUCCAGUCCGAUAUGGCCAAUGCUGGGUUUUUGCUGGUGUCUUUAACACAUUUUUACGAUGUCUUGGAAUACCAGCAAGAGUUAUUACCAAUUAUUUCUCGGCCCACGAUAAUGAUGCCAAUUUGCAAAUGGACAUCUUCCUGGAAGAAGAUGGGAGCGUGAAUUCCACCCUCACCAAGGAUUCCGUGUGGAACUACCAUUGCUGGAAUGAAGCAUGGAUGACAAGACCUGACCUUCCUGUUGGAUUUGGAGGCUGGCAGGUUGUGGACAGCACCCCCCAGGAAAAUAGCGAUGGCAUGUUUCGGUGUGGCCCUGCCUCGGUUCAAGCUAUCAAGCACGGCCACGUCUGCUUCCAAUUUGAUGCACCCUUUGUUUUUGCAGAGGUCAACAGUGACCUCAUUUACAUUACAGCUAAGAAAGAUGGCACUCAUGUGGUGGAAGCCGUGGAUCCCACCCACAUUGGGAAAUUAAUUGUGACAAAACAAAUUGGAGGAGAUGGCAUGAAGGAUAUCACUGAUACUUACAAAUUUCAAGAAGGUCAAAAAGAAGAGAGACUGGCCCUAGAAACUGCCCUGAUGUACGGAGUUAGAAAGCCCUUCAACACAGAAGGUGUCAUCAAAUCGAGGUCCAAUGUUGACAUGGACUUUGAAGUGGAAAAUGCCGUGCUGGGACAAGACUUGAAGCUUACCAUCACCUUCCAGAACAAAAGCCACAGGCGUUACACCACCACAGCUUAUCUCUCAGCCAACAUUAUCUUCUACACCGGGGUCUCGAAGGCAGAAUUCAAGAAGGAGACGUUCAGCGUGAUGCUGGAGCCCUUGUCCUUCAAGAAAGAGGAGGUGCUGAUCCGAGCCGGCGAGUACAUGGGUCAGCUGCUAGAACAGGCGUCCCUGCACUUCUUUGUCACAGCUCGCGUCAAUGAGACCAAAGAUGUUCUGGUCAAGCAGAAGUCCAUCGUGCUAAUAAUCCCUGAGGUCAUCAUCAAGGUCCGUGGCGCUCAGGUAGUUGGUUCUGACAUGAUUGUGACAGUUGAGUUUACUAAUCCCUUAAAAACAACCCUGCAAAACGUCUGGAUACACCUGGAUGGUCCUGGAAUAACAAGACCAAUGAGGAAGAUGUUCCGUGAAAUCAUGCAUUAUUUGUCUUUCCAUGUCUGGUUUAUUUCACUUACCAUGAUGCCCUUCCUCCAGGUCUAAUUCCUGUUGUUACAAAUGGCAUGAUUUCGUUCUUUUUUAUGUCUGAAUAGUUAUAGAAACCUAGAUUCAGGGUAGAAUGUCUCCCAGGCAAGAGAAGCUUUAUUUCUCAGAGACUGUCAAAAAUUGGGCAAAAAAUCAUGACAUAGAAAACACUUGUUAUCUAGGCUGGACUGACAACUUGGAGCAAGAGCUACUUUCUCUGUUUACUCCUCACUCCAGUGCACACCUUCACAACCAAGACCUGAGCCAGUCAGUGCCCACUUCCAUAUGGUCAGAUAAUUAGAAACACUCCACUGUGCCCUAUGUUGCCAAGAUCUGAUCUAGGAGUGCCAGAUCCAUGUAACAACUUGGACGCCUAGAAAGUGAAAUUCCACAGAACCAAAAUCUUUUACAAGACUGUUCCUUUCUACUGUACAGCUCCUAAAUAGUCGGGGAAUCACCACCCCCACUCAUUCACCCACGACAGAUGUGGUAUCUAGAUGGCAGGGGUUCUUGAGCCCAAAGCAGAGGGCCUGGAAGGUGGGGAGCUGGUAAGCAGGGAAUUGAAGCCAGAAACAAAGAAGGCGGUGCUGUAUCUCACCCCUCACUCGCUGUGAGCCAACUCUACUCUGAAAUGGUUUACCUUCCUGCUCUUCUUGCACCGCCUCCUGCCUGUCUCAGAUGUGCCGAGGUUUCACCUCCACAGACUCUCAGCUUUCUACACUUGAUGCCUCCAGAGCAUCAAAUAAUUUACCUUCCAGAUUUAUUAUGCUCUUUAGAAGAUAAUCCAAUUCAAUAAGUUAUUUCAAGAGAAAAAUCCCCCCACUUUGUGAUUUGGGCUUAAAUUAUAAGUUUCUCAAAUAAGACAGAAGCUGAGGGCUAGGCACACAGAGGACAAACCAUGGUAGCUGCAGUUUAUUGUAAUAAUAAUCCCAUUUGCCUUCGUGCAUUCAGGAUGAUGAAUGGCUGGUAUCUCCUGAUGGCUCAGCACGUUACUGAGAAUCAUUUAUCACAACAUCCAUUCCCAGAAAAUAGGAUUACUCCAACAUUGCUCCACUUACCAAAAUGACUUUCUUUCUGUGAUGAAUUUAUCUGUAUGUAAAAUAGCAGGCAUAUGUAUCUUCACGUAUGAGUUUUUCACAUGUACACAUCAUUAUGCCAAAUGGUUUUAUGAGUAAGAGCAAAUGAUAAGGGGGAGCUGAAGAUUUAGCUUCGAUUUGAGGUGGUUACGUACAGUACAUGGUCUCAGGUCAGGUCCUUAGCCAGGGCCACGGUUUCACAAAGUGCUUCUGAUUGAUCACUUGGGGAAACCAGAGGAGAGAGUAUGAAUGGAUACAGGUAACAAUAGCACAGCUUUGAGAAAUAAAUAUCCCAAACCUAUAUUGGUAUUGAAUUGAGGAUUGUGAAUUAAGGACAGAGAAUUUUCUCUCUGCAUACAGGCAGGAGAAACUUUUCUAAAUUAUUUUGCAAAGAGUUCAAGCAGAGGAAAAAGAAGAAGGAUGAAGAGGAGGAAGAGGAGGAGGAGAAAAUUUCUAACACUACUUGGCACUUACCAUAUCUUACCUUGUUUCUAAGUAUGGUACAAAUAUUAACACACCCUACCCUCUCCACGCUCUACUCAAUAUUCCGUAGUGUCUACUGUUUACAGGUGAGGAAAACAAUGAUGAGGUCAAUGUUUUCCAAACCUUGAAUCGUAAAAUCAAUUCACUGGGUUGGACAAAAUAUUCACAUAUAUAGGUCAUACACAUAUGCGUUUUUUACAUAGUUGGGCUUUCACAUAACUGAUUAAAAUAAUUUUAUAGCCACAUUUAUAAAGGACAAAAAUGAAGAAAAGCAUUAGCAAAUACUAAAUUAAUUAAACAGUUUAGGUUAUCAGUGUCAAAGUCAGUGCUUGAAACAGCAUCACAGAUAGAGCUCCCAAGGCCGCAGAUACUUUUUCCAAUUCACUAACCACAGAUAUGACAGAGAAGGGGACUUCCUAUUUAGUGUCUGAAUUUCUGAGAUUUGAGGGCUUUUCCCUUUUUAUCCCAAAGGACAUACACCCACAGCCAGCUGGAAUACACAUUGUUUUACCGAUGUUUGAGGAAAUCUUGGGGUUCUAACUUUACAUAGGGCAUGUCACAUACAGGUAUAUGGCCCCAUAUCUCCCCCCUCACUUGAGUUUUGUUUGAAGUGAUGCUAUAUGGUCCCAGACCCCCAAGGGCAAAUGCAGGCUCACGUAGCCAAAGCCCUUGAGCCCUUCUUGGCUUCCCUUGACAGUUCCCUUUCCUUGCAACUCCUCACACAGCCACACUAGUCCAAAGCUCUGAGUCGCCCAAACUCCCUUGGCGCUCCCAGUUGACCCCAUGGUGCCUGAUAGGGAGUGCCUUACUCCAGCCCUCGAGCACUCUCUCAGGGAACUCUCUCAGGGUCUAUGGAUCUGGCCACAGAAUUUCUUUGCACAACACGUGCCUCUUUUCUGAACAUAAGCAUUGUCUUCAGGCCUCCGACGUGUUUCUUUCCUUGACUUUCCGUCAUCCUUUUCUGACCUCAGUUGCUCCCACAGCCCCAGUUCCCUUCACAAGCUUCCAUGUUGUGGGUACUGGCAUGAACAGUGGGAUUCUCGUCUGGCUUGGCCAUUUAUCAGUUGUGCAAUCUGGGAGAAGCCACUUGAUGUCUUUGAAAUGUCCUUUCCUUAUCAAUAACCUAGGGGAUAAAAAUGCUUUUCUUAUUGGGUGGAUUAGGAAUUCAACCCAGUACCUUGCACUGCUAAUCCCCUUUUCCUCUGCAGUGUUUCUCUGUACCAUUUCAUUCCUCUGGAUACAGGCCCUCCAGGGAGAACUGAGAACCACAGAUCGCUUGUGUGCUCAGACAAGCAUCACUGAAACUCAGCAAUAGUUUGUGGCGCAGACCCCACCCAUCCUUUGAGUCCACACAUCAUUUGGGGGAAAGCAUUUGGUACAGAUUUCAGCCUAUUCACUAACGUCAGAAACACCGCGUUAAGGCUGCAGUUACCAGAUUUGCUCAUCUACGGCAACUGAGUAAACCAGCCACAUGGGUAACAUUCCCUUCACUUUCUACUUAGCCUAAAAUGUGGAUAUAGCACAGGGAUUGCCUUCACCUACAUAUCACCACAACCUACUGAUCUGGCAAAAUUUUGUCACAUGACAAACUCAUUUGGUGAGGAUUAGAGAUGGAGGAGCAGCGGAACCACUCCUUUGUCAUGUAAACGAGGAAAGAAACUGGCACAACAAGAUGGCAACAGCUAAUAUUGUACCAGAUCCUGCCCUGGGCUCUUUGUUUGGAUUAUUUAAUUAUCAUGGCAGUUCUAUGGAGUAAGCCUUGGAUAAUUCCUAUUAUGCAGAUGAGAAACUGAGGCUUAAGGAAGGAUAAUACAUUGGCUAAGAUUACACAACUAAUAAGUAGGAGAAUCAAAUUUGUUUUUUUUUUUUUCCCUAAGCUCAAGUA